UCGUUGUGAUAUCAUGCCUGAACCAGCAAAGUCCGCCCCGAAGAAGGGAUCUAAGAAGGCCGUCACGAAGGCCGCCGGUAAGGGAGGAAAGAAGCGCAGGAAGUCUAGGAAGGAGAGUUACGCUAUCUACGUGUACAAAGUCUUGAAGCAGGUUCAUCCUGACACCGGGAUCUCCUCCAAAGCGAUGGGCAUCAUGAACUCCUUCGUCAAUGAUAUCUUCGAGCGCAUCGCCGGUGAGUCGUCUCGUCUCGCUCACUACAACAAGCGCUCCACCAUCACAUCGAGAGAGAUCCAGACCGCCGUGCGUCUGCUGCUGCCCGGUGAACUGGCCAAACACGCCGUGUCUGAGGGGACAAAGGCUGUCACCAAGUACACCAGCUCCAAGUCACCUGUUUUGGACUGGCAGGGGGUCUGACUGUAAAUGAAACUGUCUGGAGAAUAAUGUCAAAACUAAUGAUGAACCAACUGGCGAAGCAAAUUAACUGACGCGGAGUGAACGGGAAGUAUGGCUUUGAACCACUUGCCAUUAAAGAUGUUGUCCUCUAAUCUGUGUGGAAAAAAAAAAUGCAAGUACUGCCAGUGCGUCGGAUGGAGACAUUGGAAAGUUCAUAAAAAGAUGGCUGCAGCUUGCAUCUGACAGAGAUGGGGGAAGAAGAGAGUGGGCCCUAAAGCAAGCAAAUUCCUUCUAAGGGUACACUUACUUGAGGAGGGUCUGAGGUUUUCUAGUUUUUUUUUGUUUUGCAGUUGUUCAUGCCACUUUUUGGUAGUUCAUAUAAAGCUGUAUGUUAAUG